GUUCCAGUUGCACACUGUUUUGGGUCUCCAGGACAUUACAAAAAAAAGUUUUGCACUGUGUGCAGAAAGUCGUUAGAGUCACCUGCCUUUCGAUGUGAAGUUUGUGAGCUACAUGUGCACACAGACUGUAUCCUGUUUGCUUGCAGUGACUGCCGGCAGUGUCACCAGGAUGGGCACCAGGACCACGAUACUUAUCACCACCACUGGAGGGAGGGAAACCUUUCUUCAAGUGCUCGUUGUGAAGUUUGCAAAAAAACAUGUGGCUCUUCUGAGGUGCUGUCUGGCAUGAGAUGUGAAUGGUGUGGCAUCCUGGCUCAUGCUGCUUGCUACAUAAUUGUGACCCCAGAAUGUACUUUUGGAAGAUUAAGGAAUAUGAUUCUUCCUCCAAGCUCUGUGCAGUUGUUUUCUCGAAACUUCAGCAAACUGCAUUGUUUUCGAAUAUCAGAAAAUUUGCAAACAGAAUCAGAUGAAGAUGAUGAUGUUGAUGGGUCAACACAGGUGUCAGCAAAAGAUGUCCAAAUUUCAACAGAAUCAAGUAAACAAACAUUAAAGAUAUUUGAUGGGAAUGAUGCAGUGAAACGCAACCAAUUUCGAGUGAUUUCAGUUCCAAGGAUUGCAAAAAAUGAAGAAGUUGUGGAGGCUGCUUUGAGGGCAUACUACAUAAAUGAUGACCAGCAGGAGUAUGAGCUUCAGACCUUUACGCAGCAGGCACUGCUGUCUGAUGAUGUUAUCAACAGGAACGAUGCUGCAGAGGACAGCAACUUGGGCUCAGUAUUCAGAGAAUCUGUUCCUGAAGCUUGGAUCAUCAGGGCCAAACCAAAAGACGAGGAAGUGAUCAGAAUUUAUCCUGCCUGGCUGAAGGUGGGAAUGGCAUAUGUUUCUCUACGAGUAAAUAAGGAUAGCACUACUCAGACUGUGAUCAAAGAAGUGCUUCCAUUACUUGGAAGGCAGACGGAGUCCCUCCAGAAUUUCAAACUGAUAGAAGUGCUCAUGGGCAGUAAGCAAGUUCAGCGCAUGGUUUUGGAUGACCAGGAACAGAUUCUUAACAGACUCAAGGAUAUAAGAAAGACUUCAAUACGUCAGAUGAAUCAAACACGAUUUUACAUUGUGGAAAACAGUAAAUCCACUGUACGAGUAAAUCUAUUUGUUGGUGGCCUUCCACCUCAGCUUUCCUCUGAAGAAUACACAAAUAUUCUCAAGGAUGAACUAGCUAUCAAAACAAAUGUAGUAUCUGUGAGUCAUGUUUAUCAAGCACAAGGUGCUGUUGUACUUGAAAUUUCAUGUUUUUCUGAAGCUGAAAGAAUAUACAUGCUAGUUAAAGACACAACUGUCAAUGACAAGCCUCUGAAUGCCGUGGUGAUUCCUGAAGUUGUGGCUUCCAAGAUACCACAGAACUGCUGUCCACUUCUUGUAUUUGUGAAUCCAAAAAGUGGUGGUCUAAAAGGUCGGGAUCUGCUAUACAGUUUUAGAAAGCUGCUAAAUCCACAUCAGGUUUUUGAACUUACUAAUGGUGGCCCACUGCCUGGGUUUCACACUUUCUCUAAAGUUCCCUCGUUCCGAGUGCUGGUGUGUGGAGGGGACGGCACCGUUGGCUGGGUCCUUGGUGCACUGGAGGAGAUCAGGCACAAGCUGGUGUGCUCAGAGCCCUCAGUUGCCAUCUUGCCUUUAGGAACAGGUAAUGACUUAGGAAGGGUCUUGCGCUGGGGAGCUGGCUACAGUGGGGAGGACCCCUACUCCAUUUUGGUUUCCGUGGAUGAGGCAGAUGAUGUCCUUAUGGAUCGCUGGACUAUCCUUUUGGAUGCAGAAGAGCCUGCUGAAGGUGCAGAGAAUGGUGUUGCAGAACCUGAGCCUCCAAAGAUUGUACAGAUGAACAAUUACUGUGGUCUUGGCAUUGAUGCAGAGUUAAGCUUGGACUUCCAUCAUGCUAGAGAAGAAGAACCAGGGAAAUUUAAUAGCAGGUAA